GAGUACACGUCCUCGUUAACGCUCUAGUCAUAGAUGUGCACUCAUAUUCGGUAUCGUUAGGACUACCUUGGGCAAUGGCGGUGACGUGGACGAGGACCAGUGAGUAUCCAGUGUGCAUCGAGUACCUGGAGCUGUUGAUCCUACAGGCUUGGAGAACGGACGUGGAAGGUGAUCUUCUUCGUUUCCUCUUCGGAUCGGUGCGGCCAGGCCAUCGCCAACCAAUUACUCAAGAACUCGUUGUCCCGCUCGCGCAACUGGCUGACGAUCUCUCCCUCGACAUCGUUUCGCAAAGCGACGACAGCCCCGCUUCGCACGUCAUCACGCGGACAUUAGCGCCGUAUCUUCAGUGGACUGCAUGCUUGGAAGAACCCGGGAGUGACAACACUCUGCCAUCGCGGCAGGAAUACUUGAAGCCGUACGGGAUCAUCGAUCGCGCCUUCUAUCCGAAGGAAGAACCUGAGGAGGCGCUUGAAGGGGAAAAAGAAGCCACUGAAGAACAGGGUGACGCCGACAAAGAAACGUCGGAGGAGGGAAGUUAUAGCGAGUACAGUGAAGGGGAGCCUAGUGAAGAAGAGGAGGAGAUAGAAGAAGAAGAGGAGGAAGCCGGAUCGGGGUGGGAGGAUUUGCCGGAAGAAGUGGCGUGCACAGGCACCGAGGCGGAAGAUCCCGACGCGGCACGUAGAAGAGAAGAGAUCGCCGCCAGGAAAAGCCAGUUGGAGUUCGCCAGCGGGGCGAGCCUGCGCAUCAACGACGACCCAACCAAGAUUCCAGAGCCCCCGAUCCCGAAGAUGGCGGAUCAGCAACCCCGGCUUCGAGCGCAUCGCGACGGAGACAGAGCCGAUCCCCUCCCCCUCCACCCCAGCCCGUCCCCCAGUUCGUCCACUUACUGAUGCGGGGAAUCGGCCUUCGUCCCCGGUCAUUAUCCCACCGUCCCCUUGAUUACCUCACCCUCUGCCAGAUCUCUACCCCCGUCACCUUCCCGCGCAACCCCCUUC